GCCGCCCUCUGGGGUGACCCGCAGUGUGUUCUCUAGGGUUAAGUGAGAGUCUGUUUCUCUCUCUUUUUUCCCUUUGCUUAUUUGUUGUUUCUGAAAUUCCGCAUCUGAGAGGAAUCAUGUCACUUUGUCUGACUUCUCUUGCUCAGGGUUACCCUCUCGGGCUCCACACACGUCACCGCGAACGGCGAGCGGUCAUUCUUUCUGACGGCCGAGGGAUGCCCCGGACAUACGGACACACCCUGUCUGUACCCACUCGUCCGCAGAGACGGACGUGGACCAUCUCCCUCGUCCGGCUGCUGUCGACAGCGCUGCUGGGAACGCUGGGGCGUGUGAGCCCCUCACGGCUUCUCUGUGUCAUGCGGGGGAGUCCCCAGCGCGCGACCGCUGGGGCGGGGGCGGCUCCAUGUCCCCUCCCCGAGGACCCUCCCCGCCGCAUCCCCGCGUGGCUGCCCCAGCUCGCGUCCCACCCGCAGGGACGAGGGCUCCCCUUCGUCCGCGUCCUCACCGACACUGGCGUUUCCCAACUCGCUCUGGCCCUUCUGACAGGCGUCACGUGCCGUCGCGUCGCGGUUCCGAUGCGUUUUCCGAUGCUGAGUGAGGUUGAGCAUCUUUUCCGUCUCUGUGGGCCGUCGGGGUGUCGUCUUGGAAGUGUCCGCGUCUCCUGCCCAUUUCUUAUCUGCAUUGUCCGUUGUUUGAGGGCUGAGUUUGGUGAGUUCUUUACAGAUUUUAGACGCUGACCCGUUGUCCGGUGCGCCACUUGCAGACACCGUCUCCCGCUCUGUAGACCACCUGUGGUCCCCGGCCACUCCUCUGCUGCGCAGAAGCUUUGCAUCCUGACGUCUCAGGAGUUCAGUUUUGCUUCUGUUUCCCUGGCGUCUGGGGCCUCGUCCAGGAAGAAGCUGCUCGCGACCAAGAGGCCACGGAGGGAGGGCGCUGUGGUGUGUCUGCUAGGACUGUGAUGGCUUCCUGUCCGCGUUUACGUCUUUCAUCCAGUUUGUAUUUAUUUUCCACAAACCCAAUUUUAAAUAUUCCAGUAAGCACAUUUUAAAAGAGCAAAAGGAAAUAAGUAAGAUUUACUUUAAUGAUCUAUUUUAUUUACGCCAAUAAAUGCAAGAUAUCUCAACAUAUAAUCAGUAAAAAAUAUCAUCAAUGAAACACAUUAUAUCUUACCAAAAAUGUUUUUCUCACCAAGUCUUCAAAAUGAUGAGUUUUUAUGCUUACUACCCUUUUCCAUUGGAACUCAACCAGCCUGGAAGCCCUCACAGGAGUGGGAGUCAAGAGGGAGGAGCCCUGGAGGGGCAGUGUGGAGAGCAGGGCCACUAGCUGUGGCCACACGACAGGACAGGGCCGAAGCACUGGGGGUCUCGGAAGCUCCAGCGCGGACGGGGACGGAUGCUGACCGGGGCCCGCAGGAGCAGAGCAGCAGGGUCUGGAGGGACGUUGAACGAGGGCUGGGGAAGGAGCCAGGCCUCUGCCGGCGUUCCUUCUGGUGUGCGAGGGGUGACGACCACCCCUUCAGCCCCACCCCAGGGCCUGCUUUACCGUAGGUGAAACGCUUCUCUUGCUCUGAUGAACUCACCUUUCCGUGGCGGUGGAUCGCGGGCGGAAGAGGUGCAAGUGCAGGUGAGGGAAGGGCCUGCGGUGGGGCAAGCCCCUUCCGAGAGCGGCUCUCUACCCUUCCCCCCAGAUCCUCCCCUGCAGGUGGCCCGAUGGGGGCAGGGCGAGGGAGGACUGCGCCCAGGGGCUGCCGCCUGGCCAGGAGCCUCCAGUCUUCCGGGCGCAGGGGCUCCUCACCUCCUGGAGCACCCGGUGAUCUUGCUCCUCGGGACCCUGGAGAGACGCUGGAGGCUCCUUCUGGGAGAGGCCACGCAGGCCGCUGGGCCUGACCCCCACACACAGAGCACUCAGGUCCUGACCUCGGGGGCUGGUCCGCCUCUUACAGCCGCCAAGUCACCCAGUUGCAAAACGGCAGGAAAGACACACUUGGGUGGGGAAGGCGGAAGGAAGCUGACACGGGGAGGGGGACCCUGAUUUGGGGCUGAGCCCUACCGGGGGCCACUGCCCACAGCCGGGCCUCACCCUACAAGUGGUUAGGACUCUGGCGACCUAAUUGCACUCCCUGGCCUUCCUUCCCCGGCGAGGACACGACGUCCGCUAAGCUUAAACACGGUCCAGCAAGACCAUCAGGCUGCCGUCAUGGAGAACCCCCAGAGUUCGGCUCCCAAGACCACCACCGUGAUCGACAUCCAGACGGAGAUGCCCAUGCGGGACCACAUCGUCUGGUCCCUGUUCAACACCAUCUUCUUGAACUGGUGCUGCCUGGGCUUCGUGGCCUUUGCCUACUCUGUGAAGUCCAGGGACCGGAAGAUGGUGGGUGACAUGACUGGGGCCCAGACUUAUGCCUCCACCGCCAAGUGCCUGAACACCUGUGCCCUGGUCUUGGGCCUCCUGCUGACCAUCACUUCUAUAGUUAUUGUUUUCACCCACUUACAGUUCGCACUGUCAUUCAGAAUUUAAGGCAACAGAUAGGGUGCUAUGAGCUGCCUAUGGCCAAGGACCCCAUCAUCCACCACGCGCUGCUGGCCCUGCCCCGGGGCCUCUGGCCCUGCCCCUUAGCGCCCAGCCCUUUGCACUGUGUUUGCAGACCUGCCUGGCUACAGCUGAGUUCAAUAAAGUGCACUUGCGUGUGA